GAGGAAACGAAGAAAUAAAGAAGAAAGGAACACUAUUCAGCAAUUUCCCGGCUGUAACAAGAGAUGGAUGACGAUCCAGCAAGCCAACAGACGACGCCUCUGUCCCUCUGGGAAAGAGAAAAUGACCCAGAAACUGUAUUGUUGUAUCCGUGCAGCAGGAACGCCUCUUCCACAUGAUAUUUGGAAAUAAUCUCUGCCUCGAAUCAUGGAAGGAUAUUGUAAGGAGAAUUUGGAGAAUAGAGAGCAAAUAAUAAUGAUUAGAGCAAGUGAAGAAACAGAAUUACAGUCCAGUGGACCCCGGCGAAUCGAAAAAAGAAGAAGAAGAAGAAGAAGAAGAAGAAGAAGAAAGGCAAAUAGAGGGAGGGAAAGAACACAUGAGAGAAGAAAGAUAUACGAUGAAAGACAAACCAACACAAGGGGAAAAAGACCAACAAAGAGACGAUCCACCCACACGGCACCCGGCUGAUACAGGAAUAUGUCAUACAGAAAUGCACGUGGGAAUGGAGAAAUUGCAAAGGGGGAAUCACUAUCACUAAGCAAGGGACAAGAGGAAGACACGAAGCGAAAGACAAAGACAGGCAGUAUAGCGAAGACAUAAAACAUGCAUCGGAGUCAGGAUUGAAGCAAAGGGCCAACUCGAACAAACCCGGCGAGGGAGGUGUAACAAAUCUGAGAUGAUGAACGAUGCGUUUACUCGGAUCCUCAUAAGCCUACCAUAGGUAAAAGACGAAGAAAAAAAUCAACGAAAACAGAACGAAACAAGCCACAACAACAUGCAAUGCAGUCCGCCCAACAGGGGGGGGAAGGGGGGAAGGGAAGAAAAAAAAAAAAAAAC